CUGCUCCUGUGCUAGAGAGAGAGAGAGAGAGACGAUGUGUGUUGAGCCAGUUUAGACGAGGCACUGCGAUAAUUAUCAGAGCACAACUAGCAGACAACAUCGCAUCGUCCCGAGGAAAAAAAGAUCGCCUUGUUCUGGCUCUUCGCAGUUAACCUAGAACGUAGCAUUAGUUAGCCAUUUUGCUAAGCAGCUAAACCGCCAUCGCAUUGCUUUGUAGAAACACAGCAGGAUAGCCGCAGACACCAGCGCAGAGGAAAUGAAGGACAAACAAAAGAGAAAGAAGGAGCGGACCUGGGCUGAGGCAGCUCGCAUGGUUUUGGAGAACUUCUCGGAUGCACCCAUGACUCCGAAGCAGAUCCUCCAUGUCAUCCAGACCAAGGGCCUCAAGGAAAUGCGGAGUGGCACAGCACCGUUGGCCUGCCUGGUCACCAUGCUGCACUCCCAGGUGAGGGGAGACCGAGUCAAGAACAGCAUCUUCUUCAAGCUGCCUGGGCGGAUGAGCCUGUUCACUCUCAAGAAGAACGCCCUCCAAUGGACAAAGACGACAUCCGAGUCCGACACUGCAGCGGAGCCGGCCAGCAGCACCGCAGCCCCGGCAUCCAGCAGCAGCACAGCGGCCGCAGGCGGCGGGGCCUCUGCCGGCCCCACACAGUCUCCUGAGCAGGAAAGCUGCGACUCCACGGAGACCACGGCUGCUGCCAGCGGAGACAAUGACGCCUCGGUGGACGAGAGCUCGUCAAGCGCAUCCUGCUCCGCUGAAGUGCCGGCUCCCAGCAACCAGCCCCAGACACGCCUCAGCAGGGCAGCAGGACAGCAAGGACGCACAGACACCCAGCAGACCCAACACGCUCAACACACUCAGACCAGACUGAGCCGCUCAAGACAGUCAGGGAGGCAGAGGAAGAAAGCCGUCAUGAUGCCUCGCGUUGUUCUCACCCCUCUUAAAGUGAAUGGAGAGCAUGUCCCCUCAGGCCCCAUGAAGAGGAAUCGAGGCGGGGUGGACGUAGACUUUGAAACACCAGGCUCAAUCCUUGUCAACACCAACAUCAGAGCCCUCAUCAACGUGCGGACCUUCUCCGCCUUCCCCGCCCACUCGCAGCAGCAGCUGCUGCAGCUGCUGCCAGAGGUGGACCGCCAGAUUGGACCAGAUGGUAUGGCUAGACUGAGCAGCUCAGCUCUCAACAAUGAGUUCUUCACCCACGCCUCCCAGAGCUGGAAAGAGAGGCUGGCGGAGGGUGAGUUCACCCACGAGAUGCAGGUGCGUUUCCGGCAGGAAAUGGAGAAAGAGAAGAAGGUAGAGGCGUGGAAGGAAAAGUUUUUUGAAGAGUACCAUGGGCAAAAGUCUGGUCUGACACAAGAAGAGUCUCUAAAGCUCACCAUGAGUGAAGCCAGUGAAGUUGCAGCCAGUGUGCUGGACACUGAUGUGGCUGCGGUGGCAACAGGUGCGCCCAAGAGACGCAGCGUUGGUCGACGGAGGAGAGAUGGCAGGAUGAGGAGACGCACGAGAGCUGACCUGCGUCGGCGGGCCCGUCGGACCCUUUGCAAGCCCACUCCUCCGGCCCUGCAGUCUGCAGAAGCAGCUGAGGCCAGUGCUGCACUGGACAGCCCGGCAGUUUCUAUUGGCUCUCCCAUGUCUGACAACACGAUUGUUCAAGGGGAGGUGGUGCUGCAGGCUGAGUGUGGUGUGGAGCUCCCAACUGAGAGUCCCUCCAUAGAGCUAAAGGCCUCUCCCACCCCGGAGCCAAUCACAUUGCCAGCCCCAACUGCCCAUCCAGCACCAAAUGCCACUCCCGCACCAACUCCAACUCCAACUGCCACUCCCGCACCAACUCCAACUCCAACUGCCACUCCCGCUCCAACUCCCACUCCAACUGACACUCUUACUCCAACUGCUACUCCCGAACCAACCCCCGAACCAACCCCCGAACCAACUCCUGAACCAACUCCUACUCCUGCUUCAACUCCCACUCCGACUACCACUCCAACUCCAACUCCCAGCCCAGAGUCCCCAAGCGCAAAUGAGGAGCCUGAAGCAGAAGCAGCCGCAGCAGCAGCCCGCCUGCUACCAGAGGAGACUCUACCCGUACUGGCGUCCACCUCCUCCCCAUCUUCUUCCUCCUCCUCCUCUUCCUCUUCCUCCUCCUCGUCAUCUUCUUCUUCGUCUGCCUCCUCGCCUGUUUCCUCACCCUCCUCACCUUCUGAUAGACAGGGAGUCUUUGCUGCAGGCCUGGACUCUUCUUCAUCCUCCUCCGCAUCCUCCAGUGUCGCCGUCGUUGCCGAUCCACUGGAUGACACAGCCUCUGUGGUCACCUCCGUUACAGGAGGUACCACCACCAGCAGCCGCGACAGUAGCCCCUCCGCUAGCCCAGCCACCACCUCUGUGCCCAAUGCUCAGCUCAAGGAGCAGAAGAGAAGGCCAGAUGAGACUCAGGCCAUCUCCAGCUUUCCCGAAAAAAGGCCGCGACUUGACGACCGUCAGUCCUUUCGUACCACAAUUGACAGUGUCCGCUCGGAGAAGCCGCAGCCGACAACAGAGGAGCCCAAGGUGCCGCCUAUCCGGAUUCAACUGUCCAGAAUCAAACCCCCCUGGGUCAAAGGCCACCCCACCUACCAGAUCUGUCCCCGAAUCGUGCCCCCGGGGGAGGGCUCGCGGCGGGCGGGGACGGGGGGGGCGCGCACCUUGGCGGACAUCAAAGCCCGGGCUCAGCAAGCCCGGGCCCAGCGGGAGGCCGCUGCUGCUGUUGCAGCCUCUGGCGACGGGGCAGGGACGGUCGGGGUCCGGCUGCGGCCUGCUUCUGGGUUAUCGGAUAGCAGCAAUGGACGAAGAGCGCGAGAGCAUCCAGGACCUAUCGAGCCAGGAGGAGGAGGGGGGGGAGGAGGAGGAAGAGGAAGAAGGGGAAGUGGUGGCAUGGAGGAGCAGGGAUCGUCUUCAGGCACAAAUUCGUCUGGAACACAACUACAGCUUUUCAACGUAGAGCCGACACCUGAGCCAUCCUCCUCCCUUUCCGCUACCUCAACCUCCAUGUCCUUGGAGCUGCCGCAGAUCUCAAGCCCUCCUCAAGAGGAAGCCGCCGCGCGGUCAGAGGUUCUAGAGGAAGUAGGAACAACGUUAGCCGGUGUUCAGAGCUCCUCCAAUGGGCUCACAGACCAGGCAGCUGACUCACCCUCUCCAAAGCCCGAGGUGCCUGCCUCCCCUGUAGAGAUGACUGCCCAUGGUUAUUUAAAACCCUCUCUGGCCCCAACCUCCAUCCCAGAUUCUCUACCUAGGUUUGGGGCUCAGGGUGUGGAUGUGAUUCAGACACUGGCAAGCUCCUGUCACUCCAAAGAGCAGGUACAUGGGAGGGAGGCUGGGCUGGGGGGCGUUAUCCAUCAUGGUUCCUACCACGUGGAAUCCCAGGACGUAAUCUCUCACUCAGCCGCAAAGAGACUGCAAACAGAGACAUCCUCUCCCCAACAUGCAGACUCUGGUGGCGAGAAAGACAACGACGCUGGGACACAUAGUGACUCCACGGAAACGGCUUCAGAUUGUGAGAAUGACAUCCAGGAGGAUGAGGGGCAGCAGCAGCAGCCUGAACAAGAUUGGUGCCCCCAGGUGAGCAUUAAGAGAAACGGCCCACUGGUCAUCUGCAGCCCUCCUCCUCAGAACCAGCAUCCAGUAAUCCAGGCCUACGUUUCCAGCCGUCACGGUCAGACGGUCAUUCAGCCCUGCUUUCCCAAUGGACUGCACAACCCGCAGCACAGUGGUCAUUACCAGGGCCACCAGUCUCUCCCCACAUCCCACCCACAGGGGCUGAGGGACACCAAUGUUGUGGUCAAGAUGGAGCCAGGCGAAGAUUGCGGAGCUUCCAGAGAGAGCCCUGCUGAAGAGGAGUAUCAUGGAUGUUUAAAGGCCUCUGUCACUCAGCCAACUGCUACCACGGCAUCCAAGAGACUGGCCAGCUCACUUCGACUAGUAUCCAGUGUAGAAGCCAACAACCCUUUGGUCACUCAGCUACUACAAGGCAGCCUGUCCCUGGAGAAAGUUCUACCGUCGCACUCUGCCAACAGGCUGGAGAUCAGCCGAUUGCCAGGACCCCAACCCAGACCACCAAUGGCACGGACCCCAGGGCCUCGCAACAGGCCAGAGGUCUCAGCCCAGUCUUCUGGCCCAGAACAGGGCGCAGCCUCUCAGAUACCUAACCAGUUUCCCACAGGAUGCCCAGUGUCCUGUUUGAUGGAGGCCCCAGCUGCACCGCAGUAUCAGUCUCAGUCUCAGCAGGCUCCCGGGGCUGUCCCGGUCAUCACCUCUCUGCCACCCUCCUCAUCCUCCAGAAGAAAGUCUGACCUUAGCUCUCAGACCGCAUUGGAGUCUGCAGUUAUAAAAGACUCACAUGGUCAUCAGCCCUCGAAGGGGGUUGAUGAAGACAGGCCCCAGACAGCCCACCGAACCAUGCCUAAUGGACCCCUUCCUCCCCAUGCAGACCCCUGUCCCACAGAGGUGGCGCCUACUGUUAAGACCAACUGGCGACCCUCACAUAUUCAGCCCCAUCCAUCACACCAGCUGCAGCUGUCUCCUACGCCCACAGUAAAAAAUGAAGUAGGUGCACGGCCCCCUUGCCAGGCUCUUGCCAAAUCGGCCCCCAUUAAAACCAUGAGUGUCACUAAAAAGGAGCCAGGGGGCGCUGUGGACGGCUACCUGAGUGGAGGGGCGAUGGAGGGACUCCUCAACAUGGAAAUGACUUUAGCCAGGAUGGCAAAGAAAGAACACGGCAAAGCUACCUACUCCUGCGGCUCUCCCUCCUCCUCCCCCUCCGCCCUUCCCUUCCAGCUAUAUGGAAAGUUCCCCAAGCACAGUGGUGUUGGAGGAGUAAGCUACACGGCCAAUGUGUCAGUGAUGGACAAUGGCGGUUUCUCCCGGAGCAUGGCAGACAGUGUGCUCCAGCUGCGCCCCUGCUUGUCCUCCAGCCAGACCACCCUUAGUAUUCAGGCCUUUACUGACAGUACGGCGGAUGAGGUGGCGCUCAAGUGUUCGUGCCGCCUCAAAGCCAUGAUCAUGUGCCAAGGCUGCGGUGCCUUCUGCCACGACGAUUGCAUCGGGCCCUCCAAACUGUGCGUGUCAUGUCUGGUGGUGAGAUAGUUUGUCGGAGGACCUGUAACUUCAGAACUGCUAUCCGUAGAGCAUCAGCAGCAGGACCGAAAGGCUCCGGGGUGUAUAGAAACCUGAUUUAGGGUACACGCAAGGAGCCCCACAGGCAGGAUUUGCCUUGUAUAAUAUAAGUGGUCUGUAUUUUUGUUGGUGCAAAUUUUCUGAUUUUUUUUUUUUAGCUGUACUUUGUUUGUAUAUUAUUGUUAUUAAUAUUAUUAUCAUAAUUAUUAUUGUGAAUUUAGGGCAUGGUUGAUUGUAAAUUGUGCCUUUUUUGUUUUAUUUCCUCAAAAACAUUUACCUCAUCUUAUCUUGCUCCACCAGUCAUCAUUUGGUGGGUGUCAUUGUUUAGGUCCCUUGUUUCCUCACUAAACUGGGACCUACUGUUGUCUCUUUGCCCAAAGAAGUAUUUUUUUAACCAUUAAAAUGAGUAAAUGAUGUUGUUCCACUGUUUUUUGUUUUGACUUUUGGUUCCCUUAAGCUGCCAUGACCAAAUAAAGUGAUCAUUGCAGGUUC